GUCUUCUUCCCAGAUUGUUGGUUUUAGGAAGAUGUGAUGGGAGGAAAAAGUGCAUCCAAAAUCAAAGUAGAAACAAGGGUGGAUAAGCGGAUUGAGUCGGAGGAGUCUGGAGAUGAAGAAGGGAAGAGGCAGGCGGUGCGCCUGGUGACAGACCUCAGCCAGCAGAGCCUGAGGGAUGAGCAGAACGGGGAGAGCUCUGCAGGGGAAGCAGAGACACCAGUGGACAUGGAGACAAUUAGCCUGGACCCAGAAGCUGAGGAUGUUGACUUGAAUCAUUUCCGAAUUGGGAAGAUUGAAGGAUUUGAGGUCCUCAAGAAAGUGAAGACCCUGUGUCUCCGUCAGAAUUUGAUUAAGUGCAUUGAGAACCUGGAGCAGCUGCAGACCUUGAGGGAACUGGAUCUCUAUGACAAUCAGAUUCGGAAGAUUGAGAACUUGGAGUCUCUGGUGGAUCUUGAGAUCCUGGACAUCUCCUUUAACGUCCUGCGGCACAUUGAAGGACUAGAUCAGCUUACCCAACUUAAAAAGCUCUUCCUUGUCAACAACAAAAUCAGCAAAAUUGAGAAUUUGGGCAACUUGCAGAUGCUGCAGAUGUUAGAGUUGGGAUCCAAUCGAAUUCGGACAAUUGAAAACAUUGACACCUUGGCUAAUCUUGACAGUCUGUUCCUUGGAAAGAAUAAGAUCACCAAGCUCCAGAACUUGGAUGCACUGACAAACUUGACUGUGCUCAGUAUACAGAAUAACCGCCUGACCAAGAUUGAGGGGCUGCAGAGCCUGGUGAACCUGCGCGAGCUGUACCUCAGCCACAACGGCAUCGAAGUCAUCGAGGGGCUGGAGAACAAUGACAAACUCACAAUGCUGGACAUUGCAUCCAACAGAAUCAAGAAGAUUGAAAAUAUCAGUCACCUAACAGAGCUGCAGGAAUUCUGGAUGAACGAUAACCUCAUCGAGAGCUGGAGUGAUCUGGACGAGCUGAAAGGAGCAGAAAACUUGGAAACUGUCUACCUGGAGAGAAACCCCUUGCAGAAGGACCCCCAGUACCGACGCAAGAUCAUGCUGGCCCUGCCCACCGUGCGGCAGAUCGACGCCACCUUCGUGCGGUUCUGAGCCCCCCGCCCGGGGACACCCCCCAGCUGGGCUUUUUAGCCACUCACCACGCCCCACGCCUUCAGUCCUCUGACACCCACAGAUGGUCCAUGAAAUCACUGAGUACCAGACCUUGUGUACAAUGCACUCGUUGUUUUUGAAAUGAUGUUGUUAUUAUUAAAUCUUAACAAGAGA